UUAAAAUCAGACCCUUUUUGUCUCUCGAUUGCUGUCUCACGACCAAACUCCGAUGUGUUCCGUUAUCAGCGACCUAAAGCCUGCCAUUCCAACACCUGUCUUGCUAGGGAUCGGUGGAUAGUAUACGAUUCAGAAAGCAGACAAGGACGUAGGAAGAGAGAGAUCUAGAGAGACAGCCAGGGAUAGACACAGAGAGCUUUGAAGUAAUUGGAUUCAAUGGACGAAAUGCUGCUGUUGACAAGAAUUCUGUUGGUGGGCUUCAUCUGCGUUCUUUUGGUCUCCUCUGGGCUGACUUGUGGACCAGGCAGGGGUAUUGGAAAAAGGAGACACCCCAAAAAACUGACCCCUUUAGCCUAUAAGCAGUUUAUUCCCAAUGUGGCAGAGAAGACCCUAGGGGCCAGUGGAAGAUAUGAAGGGAAGAUCUCAAGAAACUCCGAGAGAUUUAAAGAACUAACCCCAAAUUACAACCCUGACAUUAUUUUUAAGGAUGAAGAGAACACUGGAGCUGACAGACUGAUGACUCAGAGAUGCAAAGACAAGCUGAACGCCCUGGCGAUCUCGGUGAUGAACCAGUGGCCCGGAGUGAAGCUGAGGGUGACCGAGGGAUGGGAUGAAGAUGGGCACCACUCCGAGGAGUCGCUGCAUUACGAGGGCCGGGCCGUGGACAUCACCACCUCGGACAGGGACCGCAGCAAGUACGGCAUGCUGGCGCGGCUGGCGGUGGAGGCUGGCUUCGACUGGGUCUACUACGAGUCCAAGGCCCACAUCCACUGCUCCGUCAAAGCAGAGAACUCGGUGGCCGCCAAGUCGGGCGGCUGCUUCCCGGGCUCGGCCACGGUGCACCUGGAGCAGGGCGGCACGAAGCGCGUGCGGGACCUGAGCCCCGGGGACCGCGUGCUGGCGGCGGACGCGCAGGGCCGGCUGCUCUACAGCGACUUCCUGGCCUUCCUGGACCGCGAGCAGGGCGCCCCCAAGCUCUUCUACGUGAUCGAGACGCGGCAGCCGCGCGCCCGCCUGCUGCUCACCGCCGCCCACCUGCUCUUCGUGGCGCCCCCGCGCAACCACUCCCAGCCCGAGCCCGAGCCCGAGCCCGCCCGCCGCCGCGCCCUCUUCGCCAGCCGCGUGCGGCCGGGCCAGCGGGUCUACGUGCUGGGCGAGGGCGGCCGGCGGCUGCUGCCCGCCGCGGUGCACAGCGUCUCCCUGCGGGAGGAGGCCUCGGGCGCCUACGCCCCGCUCACGGCCCAGGGCACCAUCCUCAUCAACCGGGUGCUGGCCUCCUGCUACGCCGUCAUCGAGGAGCACAGCUGGGCGCACUGGGCCUUCGCCCCCCUGCGCCUGGCCCACGCGCUGCUGGCCGUGCUCUCCCCCGGCGCCGGCCUGCCCGAGGCGGAGCCCGCCCCGCCCGGCCUGCACUGGUACUCGCGCCUCCUCUACCGCCUCGGCAGCUGGGUGCUGGACAGUGACUCCCUGCACCCGCUGGGCAUGGCCGUGCAGGCCAGCUGAGAGCAGCGCGCUGGGGAGAGACCAACUCACGGGGAGAAGAAAAGGAACCGCCUAUUUUUAAGGGAGAGCACGGCUUAUGACAUCAUCAUCAUCAUCAUCCAAAUCAUAAUAAAGUAGGACAGUCCAAAGUAGACUAUAAGGAAAACAAAGACCCCCGGGAAGUUUUGUUCUGUUUAGUUUAUAAAUAUAUUAUAUAUAUAUUUUUUAUUUGGUUGGUUAUUUUGUUCUGUUCUCUUGGUUGUUGUUUUUCCUCCUCUCCUGGAUAUUUAUUGGUUUGGUAUUUUGAAUAGAUGUUUUAAAAUGGAUAUGAACCGGACCUUCAAGAGCCUUAAGAAGCUUCUUUGAUAAUUUAUUAUCACCUGAACUGCACUCACAGGGGAAAAACGUUAUUUUGUGAGGCCAAGCAAAACUGCACAGAGUCUAUUUUUCUACAUGUCACAUCUGUCCUGACUUUCAGAAAGCAAAAUUCUGUACUUUUCCCAGCCCUCCAUUGCAAUGCUACUUCUUUUCAGCAAGUCUAAACACAAACAGAAAAGACAAACUUCAUGGGGUCAUAAAUUAUAUUUUUGUACACAGAAUUGUAAAUUAGAUUUUUUUUGAGAGAUCAAUACUUAACUUGAAUCACAUUUCGUUUUUGAAAUAGUGUAAAAUAUGAGAAUAUAUUAUUUUAAUUUAAAUAGUUUCAACUGUAACAUCAUUUCCUGUAUUGUUUUUCAUGUUUCUUAAAUAUUUUGCUUUGUAAAAACACCAUUCGGCCACGUUCUUGGAAGUCAAGACUGUUACACAAACAUUUUAUUUACAAAACCGUAAGAAACUUUGUUAUUUUUAACGUCCAAAAAAAAAGAAAUGUAUUAGAAAAUAAUAUUUUUUAAAAAAGCGCACAUGGCGGUAAUUCUGUGACGAAGGAGAGGGUAGUUUGUACAGAGGGGAAAAAGGAUGUUUUGCAUUAAUAAAUUGAGAAAUAACUGCUGUAAAUUUACUAAAAUGUAUUUUUGAAUAUUUUGUAAUAGUUUUAAUAGUUUUAUAGAAAUAAAAAUGUGCCAUGCACAGUCUGGUUAGUAUAUAAUAACUAAGAGUUCCUGGUGCAGCCCAUUUUUUUUCUUUUUGCUUAUUGGUUUAGGAAACGUGAUACCUAAAGAAAUGCCCAUUGUUUUCUUUAGAUUAUACUUUGAAUUCUGCUAAACGUAUGGAAGUAACCAAAUACAUCACAUCAGCUCUUGGGACACCUCAGAUUUUUUAUACUAACAGUAGAACCUCACUUAUUCGCACUAAUGACUGGCAGAUACAUUUUGGAUUACUGCAGUCUGGACCAAAUCUUGCCACCCUUUCUCAGGCAAAGCUCCACUGUUCCAGAUUCUGUGUUCACUUAAGAACUCAUCCAAAGACCACUGAAGGCAAUGGGAAUCUUUCCAUUGACUUCUCAGAGGAAUCAUUGGAUCAUUAAAGCAAGCUAAUCUGCAAGUGAACCACGGUGCCCACGAACAGCCCCAGUGACUUCUAUUAGUUUGCAGAAAUGGGGUUCUAAACUGAUGUAAAUCUGGUGCAACCACACCGACUUCAAUGAGUUACUCUGGAUUCACACUGCUGUAGCCAAAAGGAGAAUCUGGCCAGCAGAUUUCAGCGGCUGUCUUGCCUGAGUAAAGAUGCAGAGAUUGGAGCUUUUUUAAAAUCAACA